GCGGGAAUCAUCCAGGAGUUUGAAAAGUGAGAGAGAAGGUCGAAGGCAGUGAUGACUUUUCUUCGUUUCUAGCGACCGAGAGCUGGUUUAUAUCAGAGUAAUUCAGGACCAAGAUGGAGUCCCUUUCAGCACAGUUUGAUGACCUGAUGCGCCAGAUGCAGGUUCUGGCAGAUCCAGCAGAGUACAAAUUCCUUGAAUUUUUAGACCAUGAAGAGAAAAAUCGGGUUCAGCUAAGAGAACUUGAAGCAGAAGUGAGUCGUCUUAAUGAGCAAGCAACCAGAUACCAAAAGGAAAUUAAAAGCUUGGAGAUGAAAUUAAAAAAUGCAAAGCACAUGCUAGAUGUAGAAAAGGCCAAGAGAAUCACAACAGAAAAAGAGAAAAAUGAUUUGGCAGGACAAAUUGGUUUGGUCAUGGAGUUGUUGGGAAGAGGUCAGGUCAAUGAGACAAGAGAAAGACUGCAACAGUUACAGCAUUCAUUUACCUUUAGUGCAACAGCAACAAAUCAGCGGCGAAGUACAAGAGAUUUGUCACCAGGACCUCUCUCUACUAUCACAGAAGACAAUGACACAAUGGGUUCCAUCCUUAGUGUAUCAGACAUUGAUAUUACUGAGGAUGAUUUAGAAGAAACACGUCUCAGAUCAGGACGCUCAUUCAAACGCAGAUCUUCCCCAGAACGCCUGGAUGCCUCUAAGGGUAAAAGGCGCUCAAGCAGGAGAAGUGAGGAGAUCCAGAGCCAUGAGGUGAAGACUCAAGUCACAUACUAUACACAAGGUGAUGAAAUUAAGAAAGUCCAUACAGAGAUGAAACUCAAGCCAUCAGCACCCCCACUUUCCACAGAUGAAGAGACUGAGGUUAGUCAACCUAAAAAACCUACCCACAGCCACACUCUCAAUCCACCCUCAACUCCACAUAUUCCUCAGACUGCAUACUCACCACACUUCCCAAAUCCAUUAACACCUCAGAAACAGGGCACAGGUCAGAUGUACUACACUCCUACACACAAUCUUGUCACACCAGUAUUGCGCACCCAUUCUUCAGUUACAAAGAUGAACCAAAGACCUCAUGCCUUCUACACCAAGACUAUAUACAAGACUGAACAUUGUCAGCCAUGUGGCAAAAGAAUUAAGUUUGGUAAGAUUGCCCUUAAGUGUCGAGACUGCCGUGCUACCUGUCAUCCUGAGUGUCGUGAAUCUGUGCCGCUCCCUUGUGUUCCAACAGUUAACACUCCAACUGCAAAGGGGCAAUUGGGAACCAUUGCUGACUACACAUCUCGUAUGCCCCCAAUGGUUCCAGCCUUGGUGGUCCAUUGCACCAAUGAGGUAGAAAACCGUGGUUUGAGCGAAGUUGGAAUUUAUCGAGUACCAGGAUCAGAAAAGGAUGUGAAGGAACUAAAGGAUCAGUUUCUGCGAGGUAAAGGCAUGCCUAACUUGUCCCAGCUUGAUAUCCAUGUUGUUUGUGGCACUCUUAAGGACUUCAUGAGGUCACUAAAGGAACCCCUUGUCACUCACCUCCUCUGGCGAGACUUUACAAGUGCUGCAGAAAAGUCAGAGGCCCAAGAUUACCUUGCAGCUCUCUACCAGGCAAUCUCUGAGUUACCACAGCCCAACAGAGAUACUUUGGCCUGGGUCAUGACUCAUCUUCAAAGGGUAGCUGAAUGUCCUGAAUGCAAAAUGCCAGCUAGCAACCUAGCCAAGGUGUUUGGGCCAACACUUGUAGGAUACUCAGUACCAGAACCUGAUCCAGCCACUAUGUUGACUGAAACUCGUCAACAGCAAAUGGUCAUGGAAAAGCUGCUUGAAAUCUCCACAGACUACUGGAACACUUUCAUUAAUGUUGCUGAUGAAACUGUGCACCAGGGAGUUCAGCAGCUUCCUACUCCAGAAGGUGGCACUCUCCUUGGAGGAUUCCCAUCGUCCAAUACGCGUCGACGCUCUAUACUUACUCGCACUCCACUAACCGCAAGGGAAACUCCAAAGAACCGCUACGUCUUCCGGAAGUGAGGUUGCUGUAAAUCUUUUUUGUUUGAUACAAAACAAGAUGGACAUAAUAUUAUUUUAUAAAUUGUAUUACUAGGGCAAUAUGUGCCAAAAGAAAUUGUAUACUUUAACGAUGCUUCUAGUUUAGUUUGUCUUUUGUGUAUAUAGGUUUCAUUUAUUUCAUAUUCGUAUACGUGUGUGUGUGUGUGAGAGAAUGUGUGCGUGUGAGUGUGAGUGUGUGUGCGUGCGUGCGAGUGUGUGUGUGCGUGUGCAUGUGCAUGUGCGUGUGCGUGUGCAUGUGCGUGUGCAAGUUACAUUGUUUUGUCUGAGCAUGCACUUAUGUAACUGUACAAAAGGAAAGAUGAUUAGAUGCUGAUAUAGUAGUGUGAAGUGGAGAAAUUGAAAUUGUGGUACUAGGACUUCAGCCAUUCCUUUGAAUCAGAAUUGAACCUAUUAUGAUGAUUAUGUUAUACAAAUUUAUACCACUGUAAGAGAAGUUUAUCAACUGAUAUUCUAGUUUUAAGAUUUUUCCAAUUAAGUAUUUUUGUAAUAACCUUACAUUUUGAAGUAUUGUCACAGUUGUACAGAUUUUGUUAAUAACCUGUCUUUUAACCUUGUUACAUCUGGUAUGAAUGCAACAUCUAGUUUUCAAAUAUUGCUGUUAGUCAUGAGACAAAAUACAUUAAAUAUAUACUACAUUAACGCAUGUAAAUAAUGGGUCAGGUCAUAGCCAGACAAAUUCUCUUAAACAGAAAUGCUUUACUGUGAAAUUGAUUAGAAUCAUUAGUGUUAUUUUUGUUUUUGUUUUUGUUUUUAUUGACUAUUUUUUAUUUAUCCACACCAAAGGAGUAUUGCGAGAUAUGUAUGUUUCUUUUAUCUUUAAUUUUUAAUGUGCAUUAUUGAUACAUUUCACAUUACACUUAAAUUCGCAGAUAAUCUAUUCUUAUUUUUUGUAUUUUUUAGGAAACUUCUCUCCUGAAGAAAUUAUAUAUAUUGUUGGA